CUCUCAGUUACUUCCCAGCCUGGUCUGAGAGCAGCAGCCGUUCGGGCGACAUCCUCCCUGCAGCGUGCGUUGGUGUGCGGGAGGACGGAUCUGCGGGAGCGAGCCGCCCUCUCUUCGCCUGCGCGGCUCUCCUUUCUCACUUGGAGUUCUUAUUUGUUUCUUUUGGACCUGUUUAGUAUGAGAACCUCCAUCCCAGCUCCUUUGAUUUCUUUCAUCCACACAUCAGCUCAUUUUGUUCAUUUUGACCAUCCGACCUCAUUGUUCCAUUUUUGUGCUGCUGUCACCCACAGUUUGUCGCCCUCCACCUCCACCUCCAGCUCCAGCUCCAGCUGAAAGCGGAAUAUCUCUGUCUCCUCCGGCCCUGGCUCUGCUGCUGCUCCAUGUUGGCUGUUGCACGCAGAGGGAUUUAUAUUUCUGCUCCUCUCUGAAGGAUGUAUCUCAGUGGCUUGAAGUGUUGCGCUCUGAGCGGGGGAGAAUACUAACGCGCAGCGCCCUGAAUGAACAGCCGCCGUGCGCCUUAGCUUUUUUGGAGCAGGUCUCUCUCUGCUGGAGAUGCUCUGAUCGGGGCUUUUGGGGUCCGUAUGCACUGGAUCGGGAUAUAAUCGGAAGAUUUCCCCCCCUCUGAUUCUUUUUUUCCUCCGUUUUUGUGCGUGGACAUACACGUUUGCUCCUCUCUGAGACGGGAGUGUGCACCCAUCAAUCCGGGCGGCGCGCAGGCUCACCAUGGGGGACUCGAUGUGGAGAUAUUAUUUUGGAGUUUUCUUCCUCGCCUUCGAACUGGACUUGUGUCGGCCGCUCAUACUGGAGUCCAUCUACUGGAACACGACCAACACCAAAUUCGUCCCGGGCCAAGGCGUGGUUUUGUACCCGCAGAUCGGGGACAAGCUGGACAUUGUGUGCCCCCGAGUGGACGGCGGGGUGGGCGACGGCGUGGAGUAUUACAAGGUGUACAUGGUGCCCAAGGAGCAGCUGGAGAGCUGCACCAUCACCAAGGCCGACACGCCGCUGCUGAACUGCGUCAAGCCCGACCAGGACGUCAAGUUCACGCUGAAGUUCCAGGAGUUCAGCCCCAACCUGUGGGGGCUGGAGUUCUUCAAGGGGAAGGACUACUACAUCAUCUCUACAUCCAACGGCACCAUGGAGGGCAUCGACAACCAGGAGGGAGGAGUGUGCAAGACCAAGUCCAUGAAGAUAGUCAUGAAAGUGGGCCAGAAUCCCUCGGACCCAGUUUCACCCAAAGACAGCCCGACGAGGACGCCCUACCAGCCUCCGGGUGUUGACAAGAAUCAAAACGAAGUUCAGGAGAAACUAGAUAAACCCAAGAACGAAGGCGGCGGCGGCGGCGGCGGCGGCGGCGGCGGCACCAACGGCAAGUCGUCCAGCCCCAUCGGCUCGGAGGUGGCCAUCUUCGUGGGCAUCGCCUCCGGCAGCGUCAUCUUCAUCGUCAUCAUCGUCAUGCUGGUGCUGCUGCUGCUGAAGUACCGGCGGCGGCACCGCAAGCACUCGCCGCAGCACACGGCCACGCUGUCGCUCAGCACGCUGGCCACGCCCAAACGCGGCGGCGGCGGCGGCGGCGGCAACAACAACGGCUCGGAGCCCAGCGACAUCAUCAUCCCGCUCAGGACUGCUGACAGCGUCUUCUGCCCGCACUACGAGAAGGUCAGCGGGGACUACGGACACCCCGUCUAUAUAGUGCAGGAGAUGCCGCCCCAGAGCCCCGCCAACAUCUACUACAAGGUCUGAGGCGGCGAGCCGGGGAAGACACGCAGGACGCGGACGGACCCACGGACGGAGCGGAGCGCUGGGACUGUCCCGCUCCUUCUCUCUCUGUCCACUCCUCCUCCUCCUUUCCUCUGAUGUUUCGUCACUAGUCGUUUCCCCUCUUUGCUCUUCGCUCCGGUUCGGUCGCAGACGGGACGAGCAGAGAAGCGGCCUCCUCGUCCCCAGCAGUGAGGGGGGGGGGGGGGGUUCUGUUUUUGUCGUCCGCCGCCGCCGCCGCCAGCGCUCUGGGAUGAAGUGAGUGGGACAGAUGGCGUUCUGGACGUGAAGCUUUCUGAUGGCGUGAGAGGAGGACAGGUCAGCGGGAAGAAGGGACUGAACGGGUUUGAUGAUUGGAGCUAAAGCAGGAAGUGGGCGGAGCUUGGACCUCUGGCGCUCUGGGCGGCCACAGACGCCCUCACUCACGCGGAAGCAGGACGGCGUGCGGCGAAGCAGACGCGCCGCGCAGCGUGGCGUCCAUCCUCAUCCUCACGUCACUUUUCUUUCACGUUUUCCUCACAAAGGUUUAGAGAAAACGACUGUUUCUGUUUUUUUUGUUGUUCCACAUUUACUGGUUUUGUUCAUAUCUGGUCUUUAUAUUCUGGUAUAGUCAGAGUGCAGAUAGGCCCCCCCCCCCCCCCCUGGUUGUGUGGUGGCAGCAGCUCAGUUAAAAACAGGAGGAGGUGGAGGACUUUUAUCUUACAUAGUGCAGCACUUUUAACCUCCUUUUUGCGUUGGUCCCUCCACUCCUCAGCGGCGAUCCGCGGCGCCCACACAGCAGCGGCGUCCCGUCCUGAACGGCGUUUUUUUUGGGGGGGGCAAUAAGAAAUCCAGCUCGCCUUACUGCUGUAAGACCCGGCGGAGGUUAGAGUAGCUAACCGAGAAGGUUCUAGGUACUGUAACGGGAACCCCCAGGGGGUCCGAUGAUGACUAAGGGUACCCCAAGGGCCCAAACUUCAGCCUGACGGUGCUCUCCUCCUCUUUUCUGUAAAGCACAGGGACAUCGGCUUAACCUUUCACCGUCUCCAUUAGCAUUUGCUUUCUGUGAGUUUUUUUUUUUUUGAAACUUCAAAUAGAUCUACGUUAAAAUAAAAAUAAAAGGACAUUAAAAAAUUACAAAAAUAAGAUAAAAUUUAUUUAUGAUAGACACAGAGCACAGGUGUUGUCAGGUGGAAUGGAGAAGAAGAAACUAAUUUUAAUAUAUAAGGGGUAUAAGUGCACAUUAUGCAAUCUAGGUUUUGAUUAUUUGAUAUCUCUGGAGAACCGGGGGCGGGGGGGAUGGUUCUGGUUCUGGUUCUGGUUCUGGUUCUGGUCCCGGCUCCAGCUGCGAGUUAUCCCAACCCCAAAAAAUAACGUGCAGAGUAGCUGUUUGUCCCAAAGGAAAGUUCCCUUAAUCACCCAGUGUGCCCGACUCUCCUCAUGCCUCCAUGUUCCCCGUGCACGUGUGUGGUCGUGUGUGUGCGCGUCAGUGACCUCAUCAACGCCAGGCUUAGAUCCCAGCAGCGACUUAGCCCCCCCCCCCCAGCAUCUAUCAGCCCAUCGUCUCCAUCCACAUCACUUCACGAGCAUCAAAUUUCACCGAAAAAGCCAAGCCUUGUAUUAUCUGAGGUUUGUGCCUCUGAGAGGCUACAAAAUCUGCAAAUAUGCAAUUCUUAUUUAUUUUUUUAGUCGAUUCUGAAAGGAGAGGAAAAAAAAAAGUGUUCUUAACCACUGAGAGAUGUAACGACGAACCAACGUAACAAAACUAGCAGAGUAUGUCACAGUUUUACUUUUUAGUUUUAUUUUUCUUUCUCUGUUUCGACUACGUGCCGUAGUGCAAACUGUGAAAAAACAAAAAAAAAAAAACACACAAAAACGCAACAGUAACAGAACCGGACCAGUAAUUUAAGAUGGAAACAAACAAACAAACAAAAAGGACACAAACAGAAACAAAUGGCUUUUUUUUAGUUGCUUUCUGUCUGCGGCAGAAUCUGACAAUCUCCUUAGUUUCUUUGAAUCUGGCGUCCUUUUCCUAGCUGCUGCGCGCCUGAAGCCCUGCGGCGGCUGAACGGCUGCGGGGUCUCGGGCCGGCGGGCUGAGAGAAGCACCUCAGGCGACUGUAAAAUGCCUUGCUCGUAUGGUCAGCCCUUGGUCACUUGACUCAGUAAAAUUUGCACCGUACUUCUGUAGGUAAGAACCUGUAAAUACAUUAAUGUUUGUAUUGUAUAUGGAUCCUGGGUUGUUACAAUAGCCUUAUUCACCUUUGUAGGAAAGUAAAAGAAAAAAAAAGAAAAAAGUGAACUACACUUCAGUAAAACAGAGCAUACUACUUUUUUGGUAAAUAGCUUAUGUAAAUAUUGACCAGAACCCGAUUAAAAAAAACAAACAAACAUUUUUUAUAAACUCUUAAAGUAAGAUGUUUUGUAUAAAAUUUGAAUUUUUUGCUAUGUAUUUUAGCUAGCGCUCUAUGGAAAGCCCGUGUCCUCCCCACUUCCUCCCGUUUUGCACUGUUUUCAUGGUAAUUUGGUUUAAAAAAAAAAAGAGAAAAGUUGCCAAACCGACUGCUGCAUAUUUGUGCCAUAAGUGUGUACCAUAAAUAUUUAUUAAAUUAGUUUUUUUCUCUCUCUCUCUCUCGCUCUCUCUGUCUCUCAUGUUCCGUUGAUGGUUUUAUUUCAGUCCAGUUUGUAAGUGACAGUAUUAUAUUUGCAUCAUUUACCGUCGGCCCCGGUUCUGUUUUGUCAUUGUCACGUUUACAGCUGCCUCGUUCCUCGCAGUGUCAGAAGGCCCAGAUUGGGAAGAAGAAGAAGAAGAAGAGACAAAAAGAGAAAACGUUUUGAAAUUCUGAAUUUUAAAUUAAUUUCAAAGAGGAUAAAUGACACACAUUCCACCAGUCUGUUACAAACUGAAAAUGUUUUACAAUAAAAUGUUUUUCCUAUGGA